GGUGCGUUUAAGAGGGAGGAAAAAGUGUCAAAGCGUGUUCGAGACAACCAAAAUGGACGUCUCCCGCCUCCACUGGCAGCGUGGCCCUGAAGAACGAAAACGGCUCGUUUCUUCCUGGUCGCAGGGCAAAAGGCUCAAGGUUAAGGCAAGGGGGUGGAAUUUAGGCGUGCCUAAUAUUUGGUUGGUGAAUUAUUUCUACUUUGUUUUAUUGCAUUUGAGAACUUGGAUGGUGGAAGCUGAAAUGAUGCAAGGAAAUAUCAAGCUUUGUUCCUAUGCGUAUUAUAGAAUCUAUAGGGGUUUCAGUGAGAUGCUGCUACUUUGGCUGCAUUUGAGAAGCGACUAUAGGUGCGCAUAUACCAUACACUAUACAUUUGUGACAUGACGUCAUGAUGCCUAGAUAACUGGAGUAACAUUUUCUUUUUUUUUUUUUUUACACAGUUAGCAUUCUAAUUAAGAUACCAUUCAAAUAAUCAUGUGAUAAACUCGGAAUAUAUCUAAUGUUUCUCCUAGAGAUAAUUAUGCAUGUAAGAGUAAUCUAGUUUAGACAAAAUGUUCAAUGAUGGCCUCUAUAGAUUCCCAGAUUUCUUGGUUUAUCUGACAUGAUUUCCAAAGCAUUCUUUUAUUCUAGACUAUAGUCAUUCAAAUAGAACACAUGCUACCCACUUUCUAA